ACUUUAUAAAAUACAAAACAACUUUAUUUGUCCAACUGCUACUGUAUCUCUGGGUUUAACUGAGUGCUCACAAGUGAACCCAUGUGUGACUAUGGCUAGCAGAAGACAGAGAGAUAACGCAGAAUGCUAUUCUUGAACUUCCCCAAACAACAAUCUUGAUUUGAAUGUGUUGUGUUUGUUAACCUAUCUGAGGUAUAUCUGGUGAGGUUGAGGGUCUUCUGAGAAAUACAGAGGAAGACCUUCCUUGAUAUUCAAUCUCUAAUGUUGCCCCCACAGCACACCCUGUUUCUUUGACUUCCAAUUCAAUGUAUUGUCUUUUAAUAUGACCUUCUGCUGAUGUCCUUUAUCUCUAUCAUGGCCAUACCCACUCCUAUCCAUCUCUCCUUAACCGUCCAUCCCUCUCUCCAUGGAGUCUGGCGGGUGUGUCUCGGAGUGUCACCCUGGUGGUGGCCUACAUCAUGACGGUGACAGGGCUGGGCUGGCAGGAGGCUUUGGCUGCUGUGAGGGUGGCUCGGCCCUGUGCUGGGCCCAACCUGGGCUUCCAGCGCCAGCUCCAGGAGUUUGAGACCAAUCACGCUGACCAGUUCGGGGAGUGGCUUUGGCAAUUAUACAAAGAGAGGCCCUUCAACGACGAGGAUGACAUCCGCAUCCUGUUGGCCAAGAGUUUCAAACCCAAUGGGAUGGAGGUGAAUGUUGAGCCGUCCACCCCUCCAGGAUUGCAGGGUACCUGAGAUCCCUUAUCCAGGUCUGAAGGCUUGCACUGUGGGAUGAUACCACUCUGGCCCCUAAAGGGUGGGUGGGGGGGGGGGGUUCUUUCUCUGUCAGUACGCUGUUAGACCAGUCGCUCUGUUGUUGUCCCUCUACUGGAGAAGACUGGGGGAGGAUGGGCCGAUGGAUGCACCAUUUAGAGAAUGUUUAUUGAUGUUUCAUUAUGGCUAAAACCACUGGUUUUAUUACCCCUAAUGUAUGUACAGUAUUUAGUUAUAUAUGGCACGCUCAGCAUUAAUAAAAGGAUUA